AUGGCUCUGAUGAGCCUAAAAGGCUUCCGGUUUUGUGCGCGCAAGGCGGCAGCGAGCAGAUCCGCGCUGAUGACUCUAAGCAAAAGCUUGAGCUUCAUCAGCGGGCAGCAGCAGUCCCCCAGAUGCAGCCCUUUAGCCAUGAGGAUGUGGCAUUCCAAGGGGAAGUUUCAGUACGUGCUUAGUCGAAACAUCCACGUCCCGGUGCGGAUCCAGUCUCUCUCUGCUAAUGAAGCGGCGCAUCUGUGUGGAGAUCCUGGGAGCAGCCCCGUGUCUGAUAACAGGUGGAUGGAUGAGCAAAUGUUUUUCAGGAAGUUACAGGGCCUCGAUACGUCCAAAGAGAUUUUUGAAUUUCUUAGCUCUCUGGAAAUCAUGUCUGAUAUCAUGGCCUCAGCAGCCCUGCAGAGGAUUUCUGAAAUGGAGGUGGAUGGCAGUGGACUGAAAAACUCUGAAGGAAUAUUAGAAAAUGAAGUUUUCAGGGCAUUAUGCUUUCAGUUCAAAUAUGAAUCCUCAAAACUGUCCAGCACUGGGCUGCUGAGUGCAUUGCAAGCCCUGAUAAAGCUGCGUGUAGAUCCCCAGGGUUCACUGAUAAUGAACUUGCUUUCAGAGGGUCAGGAGCGGCUCGAGAAAGGACAGCUGACCACUAAAAACCUGUGUGAUUUUGGAGAGGCUUUGCUUGAGUUGGAAGGCCCAAGUUGUGUAAUCCUGGAACAAAUUUUAAGCCGUAUGCAAGAAAAAGACAUUACAAAGUGCAGUCCUAGUGAAAUGGUGACUGUUUAUAGGAUGCUGCAGAGGAGUGUCAGAGAAAGGGAGCAAUACCAAGACUUGCUAAACAGAAUGAACAAUGUCACUUUAACCAUAGCUUCCCAGCUAAGCCCACGGUUCUUGAGCAUAGUACUGAAUUCGCUAGUUGUUCUUCAUCAGACUCAGGCAGUCUCCUUAGUCAUAGCACUGUGCAAGCAUUCGGUGAAGCACGUUCCUUAUUUCACAGAUGAUGAACUGGUCCAUGUGCUAGAAGCCUUCCUAUACUUUGGACAUCGCCAGCAGAUUUUUACAGAAGCCCUGGAAAGGCAUGUUCCCAAGUCCCUUUUUGCCAUGCGCCCGGAAACAGUCAGCACAGUCAUGAAGUACUGCUGCCAAAAGAUGAUCCUUUCAAAGCCCAUCUUUGAUGCGGUGGCAGAGGUGUUCAUUUCUGGCGCUGAUGGAUUUACCACCGAGCAGAUUGCUGAGUGCCUCGUGCCGUUUGGGACUCUGAACUACCUUCCUCCGAGUGCACCUCUGUUGUUCGGGAAGCUUGAGAGUGUUCUGUGUACUCGCUUUGGCCAGUUUCAGCCUCACACCUUGCUGAAGCUGCUGCACUCGUGUGUCCUAGUCCAGCGUUAUCCAGUAAAUUUUCUGGCAAAAAUAUUUAGUCCCUAUUUUCUGCAACAACUUAAAGCUCAGCCACCUGGUUUGGACAGAUUUGUUACCUCCCAGCUAACCCAGCUUUUUUUAACGGCUACCUUGGAGUGCCCUUUUUACGAGGGCCCCAAACUCCUUCCAAAGUAUCAAGUAAAGGCCUUUCUUAUGCCCGGCAGUUCUCUGGAUGUUCACCUCCUCAACAGAGUGAAAAACGGACUUCUUUAUUUACUGAAAAAAAGAAUAUAUUUUGCAUCAGAGGUUUCAACACCAUAUUUCUAUACAGUUGAUAUAGAGAUUAAAUUAGAUGAAGAAGGCUUUGUAUUGCCUGCUGCCCAGCUCGAAGAGGUACACAGACGACUUGCCCUCUGUGUUGAUGGUCAAAAUAGAUUUUGCAUUAACAGCCACCAUCUGUUGGGAGAAGAAGCUAUUAAACAGAGGCAUCUUAAGUUACUUGGUUAUGAAGUUGUGCAGAUUCCAUUUUUUGAGAUAGAGAGUCUAAACAAUUGCAGAAGAAUGGCAGCAUAUCUACACAAAAAAAUCUUCCCUCAUGCAUAUGGACUCAGAUGCUGACACUGGCAAACAAUACUGUGCUGCAAGUUGAUCUUCUGUACUAUCAAGUGUAAAUAUUGUGCAUGGAG